AAAAAGGACACACUAAAGUUGGUGCCAAGACCCUUCUCUUAUUAAAUGCUAUGCUACUUCCCCCUCCCUUACUAUUCAAAUUUCAAACUCAAACAAACAAACAAACAAGAGCUUGCAGGGAUGAGGAAGUGGUAGAUCAAGCAUUGCUCAAACAUGAGCACAGCCAGGUUCAUUAAGUGUGUCACAGUUGGUGAUGGUGCUGUUGGAAAGACCUGCAUGCUCAUCUCUUACACCAGCAACACAUUCCCCACUGAUUAUGUUCCUACAGUUUUCGACAAUUUCAGUGCAAAUGUUGUGGUUGAUGGCAGCACAGUUAACCUGGGAUUGUGGGACACUGCUGGACAGGAAGAUUACAACAGGCUUAGGCCAUUGAGUUACAGAGGAGCAGAUGUGUUCCUGCUGGCCUUUUCCCUCAUCAGCAAAGCCAGCUAUGAGAAUAUAUCUAAAAAGUGGAUUCCUGAACUGAGACACUAUGCUCCAACUGUGCCAAUUGUACUUGUGGGAACCAAACUUGAUUUGAGGGAAGACAAACAGUAUUUUAUUGAUCACCCUGGUGCCACAGCUAUAACUACUGCCCAGGGAGAAGAACUGAAGAAGGCAAUUGGUGCUGCUGUGUACAUAGAAUGCAGCUCCAAGACUCAGCAGAAUGUAAAGUCUGUGUUCGAUGCUGCAAUAAAGGUUGUUUUGCAGCCACCAAAGUCCAAGAAAAGGGGAAAGAAGAAGAACACGCCUUGUGUUUUCCUCUGAGUCAAGUUGUUGAAUUGCAGUUGCAGUGAUAGUGUUCAAGUUAAAUUCUCACCCUGUAACAUUCAGAUCCUUCUUCCAUUUUCCCCUUUUGUUUGAUUUGAUAAAUAGCACUGCAAACUCUAUACUAUAUUGUUCUACAGUAUGUGUACCUGUAAAAGUAUAUUCAACUCAAGACUAUGAUACGAAAAUUAUAAUUAGUCAGCAUUUUGAUGCUAAACUUUUAGUUCCAAACC